GAUUGGCCUGCUUUUCGUCAUCACCAACACACGAUCGCAUCCAAUUUGUGCUGCUGCCUUGUGAAUAACCAGUCAACUCCUGCUCCAUUUCGAGGCUUUGCCUUUGUUUUUUUUUUAUUAGCUUUUUGGUAUGAGAUGAUACCCCCAUGAUCAUGAUUACGAUAUAUAUGCGACAUGGCUGCGACAAUACUGGGCGAGGGGGCGGUCCUCACUAAACCCCCGCUCGAAGCUGGCCCUUUCGUCCUUCGAAAUCUUCUCCAUGAUGUGCCAUUGUCGGCCGAUGGGGGUGAGGAGCGUAUCAGAAUAAAUUGCGUUGACUACUGGGAAAGCAACCUGUACAUAGGCACCUCUGCCUCGGAGCUGCUCCAUUUCGUCCAAAUACCUCCAGAUCCCGCAGAUAAGAACAGCACCUCUACGUUUAUCCUUGCGUCACGGCUGCAGCCAUUCUUCCCCGAAUCAGCAUCAACUGGUGCCCAGCCUGGAGUGCAGCAAAUCCUACUGCUUCCCAGGGUUGGAAAGGCAUGCAUAUUAUGUAACUCAACUGUUACCUUCUACUCUCUUCCUGAGCUGAGUCCAGUGUUCAACGAGAUUAGCGUCAAGGGCUGUAAUUGGAUCGGCGGCGUCGACCUCAACCACGAGGCUGCCGCAGCAGGGAACACUGGCGGUACCGUUUCGGUGCUUCUAUCUCUUAAUCGACGCAUACAGGUCGUCAAUGUUGGCGAAGAUAAUGUACGCGGGAGUAGGAAGAUCGAUUUUGCGGGAAGCACCCUGUCCAUUCGCAGAGACAGUAUUGCCUGUGUUGCCGACUCCAGGACAUAUGCGCUUGUGGACGUCGAUAGACAGCUCAAAAUCCCGUUGAUGAGCAUAUCGUCCCUCGAUACUUCGCAAAGCCCUAGCGACAUCGGCCACGUACAGAGCAUCGCUGCGGCUCCCGAUAGCAACAAUGGCAGCGGGCUUACUAGAAGCGCAUCGUCCGCAACUACCCGACCCAGCCAUCUUUCGACUGACAGAACCGCCGGUCACAACAGAAGCACGAGUCUCGGCACUUUCGGUACCGGUGGUCCGGAAGGCCAAGGCUCGGCCGCUGGGGCCGACACGGAGUCAACUGCUUCAAGGAGUCCUGGUGGACGAAGUCCAUCCCGAAGUCCGGCCCCAGACGCUGACGCGUUAUCAAAGCCUCCGCCGCCGCCGCCACCAGAAACAGACAAGCCGUUGCCUCCAAUACGGCCCGCAGUUCCCGAACCAGCACCCAUUCUCCUUAAGCCGCUAAUCGUGUCACCUACGCCCGAGGAAUUUCUGUUAGUCACAGGCACCGGCCCAUCGGAGCCAGGGAUUGGCAUGUUCGUGAACCUUGAUGGUGAUCCGACGCGACCAACACUCGAGUUUGAAAGUUACCCGAGCCAGAUAGCCGUGGAUGGAGGGUCCCAAGAUUUAUCAACCUCGUCGCCUUCAUUAGGCUUGGAAGAAGAGGGAUAUGUGCUAGCAUCCCUGAUGAAAGAGGUACCAAAAGGUGGCUGCAGACGCGGCUUGGAGAUUCAGCGCUGGGACGUUAAUAUUGGCGAAAAUGAGCCCGAAAAGUAUUGGCUCGGUGUGGACGAAAUCGCUCCGGAGAACGAGCAGCCACAGGAUGCACCCCCAUCGACUCCCGAGCCGCUAGGCAUUCGCAGUCUCCUGGGAAGCGAGGAGUCCAUCCUGAACGAAGUGGUAGACCGCCUCUGUCAAAGGCGCUUUCUGCCAUUCUCAUUCGCUGGCAACGCACUCAACGCGUCGACCAUGUCAUUACGGAGUCUAGACGCCCGAACGGCUUCAUCAAUGGAGCGCGUUUCAAAAGAGCGCGAUCUGUUUGAGCGUGACCUCGACUCUCCGGACGAAGAUCCGCUACCAGAAGGCUGGGAGGCUGCGCGAAAUGCUGAGGAGGAAAGCUCAGUUGUUCGUUUGGCCAAAGUUGUGGGGAGAUUGGCAGUAUGGGAGAACAACCGUAUUUGGUGGGCGUUGAGAAACCCUCUCUUGCUGCAGCUCGAGGCGGGCAUUGAAGCAAAUCCACUUGACUGCGACAAAAGCCAUGUCACCUCGACGAAUGCAGCCAAGGAUCGUCGGCAGCUAUUCGCGAUCUUGAACUCUUUCCGCGGUAGAGAUGCCAGGACGGAGCUUGAGUUCCUGACGUUCAGCUACAUUAGACAGCGAGCAGGUAUUCUCCUGUUCAGUAGCUUCCUUGACUUGCCCUCCGAAGCGCCCUUCUCUGAGCCGGAACUUAGAGCACUUGAAGAGGUAUUACUAGAUUCUGGCUUGGAUCCAAGAGUUGUCUUGUCUCUGGUGCCUGGGCUGCGGCACGAAAUCAUUCAGGGUCGUACAGGCAUAUGGGUAUUCGGCGGUGUCAAAGGCACUGUCGAGAGGUACCUCACCGGGAAUCCUUUCAACAAAGCUGGGCAAGAGGCCAUUGCCAAUCUGGAUCCCCGCAUCCUUCAAUUUCUUCGACGCUUCCUCACCGCUUGCCGCAAACGAAAAGGAUUCGGUAGCGUACGUGACGGGCAAGAGGUCUCACGGACGGUGGAUGCCUCCUUGUUGGCCGUUCUUUUAGAACUUGACAAGGAAUCUCCACCUGGCUUACCGAGAGGUGGACCAUCUUCGUCUACGCGAGCCGAGAUCAACGAGCUGGUAGAUCGUGGAGUGGACUGCUUCGAGCGUGCCGUCGAUUUGUUGGAAUCUUACAAUCGCCUCUAUGUUCUGAGUCGACUGUAUCAGAGCCGCAAAAUGGCUGGUGAAGUGCUGGCCACAUGGCGACAUAUCAUCGAGGGUGAGCGAGAUGAUGGCGGCGAGUUUCAAAAUGGCGAGCAGCGCGUCAGGGACUACCUGUCGAAGGUCAGCAGCCAAGGCCUCGUAAGGGAGUAUGGUGUUUGGCUGGCCUCUCGCAAUCCAAAGCUAGGAGUUCAAGUCUUUUCCGACGACCAGGGUAGAGCGCCCAACUUUCACCCCGCAGAAGUUGUGUCCUUCCUUCGCGAAGAGGCCCCCGACGCAGUCAAAUACUAUCUAGAGCACCUAGUAUUCGACAAGGGCCACACUACCUAUGUCAGUGAGCUGGUGAAUCACUACUUGGAUGUGGUGAUGACAGAUCUUGAAACUUCACCAGACGCAAGAGACAAAGUUGCAGCUAUAUACAAAGCAUACAGGGCACUACGGCCUCCAAAGCCAACAUUCCGCCGGUUCCUGACUGACAAUGCGCCACCAGGGGACGAGGCUUGGCAUUCACGGCUGCGAUUACUACAAUUGCUCGAGGGCCCGCAUGAGUAUGAUGCUCGAGCAAUACGAGAGCGCAUUACUCGUGGGCAGAGGAAACCACAGCAGCAAGCUCAAGAUGGUGAGGCGCAAGAGACUUUGGACACGCAAAAUGUCUUGCUUGUGCCAGAGACUAUCAUCCUGGAUGGCCGAGAAGGUCGCCACGAGAGCGCGCUACGGUUGCUUAUCCAUAAGCUCGGAGAUUACGAUUCUGCCGUGCUCUACUGCCUCCGUCAAAGACAUUUACCCGACUCCAGGCCAGCACACAAGCAAAAGACGGACGGCUCGGCGGGGGGCAAAAAGAAGCAAAGGCACGAGGAAGAGAGUGCUGCACAAGCUGCUGCAGUCGCCACUACACGUGCCCUAUUCCGCACGGUUCUAGGAGAGCUUUUGGCCCUCGAGGAUGUCGGCGACCGGCUGGAGCAGACGGGUGCGUUACUCGAACGAUUUGGGGCAUGGUUCGACGUGCUGGAAGUCCUUGAGCUUAUUCCAAACAGUUGGGUCAUUGACGCCGCAUUAUCGGAGUUUCUCGUCAGCGCGUUGCGAAGGCUUGUGCGUGAACGUCAUGAAGGUAUGGUCACCAGGGCCUUGAGCUCUGCUGAAAACCUGAGGGUCAGGGCGGAGAUGGUAGCAAAGAUGGAUGAGAAAGGACCGGUUGUUGAUGCUGGAGGCGGUCAGGAUGAGGUAGAGAUGACUUGAUAAUCUAUUACUGCUAACUAGGGGCGCGGCGACAUUGACAACACUCUGGCAACUACUUAAGUAUGGUAUACGUGUUUCGUUCCAUUACAUUUGAGGGGACAUGAAAGACUACAAUGAUAUCGAUACUGCGAGCCCUGAUGUUCACCCUGAACAACCGAGCAAGCCAAGAGUCCCGAGUAACUUGACGAAUCAAAUCGCCCCGAUGAAGUAGAUUGGGUGAGUAGAUAGAUGUCGACCCUCAGAACCUUUGUUUGACAAGACUUUUUGGUACAGAAAUGGGAGAGGACAGGGACACAUUUAAUGACAUGGCAUCCAUAGACGGUAACUGUAUGCGACUGAUGGGAUGAAUUAACUGUGUUAGGUGGCUUGGUCCAGAGGGUGGGGAUAUCAUUCCUUGCCGAACCGACCAUUGGACUGCUUGGUCAAAAGCUGAACUGUUGCCAGCAAUAUCCGUUGGAUGGUAUUGAAGCGCCGGCGCCGGCGCCGGCCUGGGCAAGGCUUCGGUCUGCCCCCACGGCUGAGCAAGCAACUGAUCAUAUCCUCCGCCUACCCUGCCCAGCCGGGCAUUCUCGAGACCCAACAGCUCAUUGUCGGUCACUUUGCGGUGGUCGGCGGGGAUGAUGAAGACGUGCUCCCGCUGCCACUCCAUCUCCUCGGUGUCCACGCUAGCCGUCGUGUGCCGGUCUCCGUCGAUAUCGACCCCAACCUCCUUUGUCCACUCGACCAUGGCGUCGGUGAUGGACUCGUACAGCUGCUGGUUGUGCAGGUGCAAAGCCUCGCAGUUUGUGCAAGGCGCUGGCGGCUGUCUGGUGCACACCACGCCAUCUGAAAAGGUGAUGGCGUCCUCACUCUCGACAGCUCCUGUCGCGGCCUUCCUCGAAGGGCAUCUAUUCUUGCCUCGCCGACAUUCGCCGCA